UCCCAAAAGCCAAAGGCCAAACCUCUGUCCUAGAUUGUUCCCCAUCAAAACCCUAAAAUCGUAAUCCAGUCUCCAGGUUUUCCACGUCUUCGAUGGGGCUCUUCUCGUGGUGGCGGGGGCCCCGCCGCGGCUCACCGGAGCCGUCGAACCAGCAGCCGGCGAAGGGAGAAGGCGGCGCGGCGACCCAGGUAGCCGCCGCCGGCACCCACGGGGCGAUGGAGGUGCGGCGGCAGCGGCAGGUGGACGCGACGGUCUUCGAGUUCGGGUCGGCGGCCGAGUCCGGCGCCGCCGUGACUCUCGCGGGUUACUGCCCCGUCUCCGACGAGCUCGAGCCGUGCCGCUGGGAGCUAGUGCCGGCGGCCGGCGAGGGCGCGCCGCAAUUCCGCAUCGUGUUCUGAGCACGAGGAGCGAGCACCCCUAUGUUGCGGCACGUGCCGUCUUGGUAUCUUGGGCUGUACCAGGUUCCAUAGGUAUAAAAGGUGUGAUCUUCGGUUGUAUACUGGUACUAGCAUUUCUUGAAAUAAAACUUGAGAUAUUGAUGGGUUUGUUAAUAACAUCCUUGUGGAUCUUAAUUCGCCAUGGUAUGCUUAUCCGCUAUGGUAUGCUAAUCCGCUAA